AUGGAACCAUAUGGUGGUGUUUGGAUGAAUCCAGACAUGGAGUUCGUUGAUCAAUCAAACAUGCCUGAUUACGAAAAAGUCAUCGAGGCAUCUGGGAAUGGCCGUUAUUCAAAGCUUAACACUGUACUCGGAAAAGGUGCCUACAAGGUUGUCUAUAAGGCCAUUGACAGAGAAGAAGCUAUUAACGAUAAUGAAAUAACAAAUGUAAAGGUUACCCGACAAGAAUUCAAGGAUCUAGGCCAUGAGAUUGAUAUCCUAAAGUCUGUUCGACACCCAAACAUCAUCACCUUCCAUGAUGCCUGGUACAAUGAAACAGAGUUUGUCUUUAUUACCGAGCUUAUGACAUCGGGUACUCUGCGGGAGUACAUCCGAAAAUUAACACCUCUGCCAAACAUCAAGAUUGUAAAACGAUGGUGUCGCCAGAUCCUCAAGGGACUAGCUUAUCUACACGGCCACGAACCUCCAAUCAUUCAUCGCGACAUCAAAUGUGACAAUAUAUUCAUUAAUGGUGCUCAUGGUGAAAUUAAGAUUGGUGAUAUGGGUACAGCAGAGAUGAAGAAUGGAAAAAAGUACACCGUGAUCGGGACCCCCGAAUUUAUGGCCCCGGAGAUGUAUGAAGAGCAAGGCUACAACGAAAAAGUAGAUAUAUAUGCAUUUGGUAUGUGCUUACUUGAAAUGGCAACUGGAGAAUACCCCUAUGGUGAAUGUACCAAUGCAGUCCAGGUGUUCAAGAAAGUAACUCAGACUAUCAAACCCGAAUGUCUUUCAAGAGUUCAGGACCCAGAAGUAUUAACUCUUGUCAACAUAUGUCUCACGCCAGAAGACGAACGUAUGACAGCACAAGAGAUAUUAGAGCAUAGAUUCUUGGCUGUAGAGCCUGAAGUUGUCUUGGUGUCUAAAGAUAUGACCAUGAAACUACUCACCCUUCAAGUCGUUUUCAAGGGGAUGGACAAACUCUCAGUGAAAUUUGAGUUCAACGCAGACACAGACACAGCGGCUGAUGUUGUGGCUGAAAUGAUUGAAGAGCAGGUCCUCCAAAAUUGCUAUCAACAACUCAUCACUUGCGAAAUUAACAGAAUAUUGCGAGACAUUGCUCGCAACCAAGGUCCCCCCGAUAAAGGAGAAGAUGAGAAAAUUGUGUGGAGACGAGAAAACGAUAUCCGGUCUGAACUUGAAAGAGCCAAGAAAGACCUUGCAUUAGCAGUAGAAAGAGUAUUCGAGGCUGAGAAAAAGUGUGAACUACUAGAACAGCACAAUAUAAUAGCUGAAGAACGUUGUAAAGAAACGAUUUUUGCUCUUGAGCAAGCCAAAUUCCAGAUUCCUGACUUACUACAACCGCAACCGCAACCGCAACCGCAACCGCAACCGCAACCGCAACCGCAACCGCAAUUCCAGCUACAGCCACAGCUCCAAUACCUCUCCCCUCAAUCCACUACCUCUCCGGGGCCAACCUCAGAUGAUAAUAGUACCAAUAGUACGAUGCUUUCAUCGCUCGAAUCCGAACUUUCCAAGCUGUGUGUCUCUGGAGACGAACAGGUAGAAACUACGACUCAUUCUGCAUUGAUGGAGAAUGUUCUUGCUGGUAAGGCUAAAUACUAUGAAUAUUCAAAUGAUACCAGUAUCGACAAGUUUGUGAUGGAUACUGCAGGUGCCACCAAUCGAAGCAAGGACAAACAGAAACAGUGGGCUGCAAAAUUGCAGGAUCAAGAUAUCAUGACCGUGGGUGACUUGCGUGACCUUCAUGACGAGGAUUGGUCAGGGAUUGGCUUGACCGUCUUUGCUUUGCGUGCCCUCAAGAAUAUGCUUGCAGGGAAGAAAGCAGCCGUGACACAGCGAGGACUUCAAGGAACUCGAAGCGGCGCAAGUACACCAGUUGAAGAACAAGAACAAGAGUUAAUGUAG